AUGGACGCGCUCCUCUCAUUACCUGUGCUCUCUCUAUUCCUGGUUCCCACGAUCUCCUCCUACAGUACGAGUCUCAAUAUAAUUUUCUUUUACAUGACAUGGACGACCCUCGUGCUGUCGCAUCCUCCGCUCCGAGUCGAACUAUUCGGCACCGCAGCUGUGCGCCUCCUAUUCUUUCUAUUCCCAUCGCUUCUGUUUUUCCUAUUCGAUGUCCUGACCCCCUCCGCUGCUGUUGUUGUAAAAGCGCAGGGUGAAGCUGGCCUCCCAGCAGGAAGUAAACGGGGCAAAGUCAGAAUGAAGGAUCUCAAGGUUGCGGGAUGGGCUAUUCUCAAUAUUGGGUUGAGCUUCGCCGCACAAGCAGCGAUUGAGGAAGCUCGGACGGAAAUAUUUGGGAUGCGGAGUGCACUGAGGGUCUCGAUGAAGUUACCGAUGCCCUGGGAGAUGGUGAAAGAUCUACUGCGGGGACUGCUGGCAAGAGAGAUCUUAACCUAUAACAUCCACCGUUUCAUCCUCCACUCCCCAGACUAUCAAGUCUCUAAAUACCACCGAAAAUGGUACCAUUCUCUACGAGCUCCCUUCCCCCUCACAGCACACUACGACCACCCACUCGCCUACCUUCUCUCCAAUUUCACCCCCACCUACAUGCCCGCCAUGCUCUUCCGCUUCCACAUGCUCACGUACCUCCUCUACCUCACCGUGAUAUCCAUCGAGGAGACAUUCGCCUUCUCCGGGUACUCUGUUAUGCCGACAAGCUUCUUCCUGGGCGGGAUCGCACGUAGGAUGGAUAUGCAUGUACUCAGUGGGGCGGAAGGGAAUUUCGGCCCGUGGGGGAUCCUCGAUUGGAUUUGUGGGACUACUGUGGGAGGAGACGAGGAUGAGGAGGAGUUGGAGGAGGCUUUGAGCGAGAAGGAGAUGAUUGAUGAGCAAAUCAGACGGGCGAUUGAAGAGUCUACAAGGAAGAGGAGGGAUGAACGGUAUAAGUUGAGGAGGCGGAGGAAUGAUUAUUAG